CCACUCGUACAUAAUAAUACUAACCCUAUUUCCAAUCGCAAAACCAAACCUACACACUCGCCGUUUUCCCUCAUUCUCUUCACCGUUCCCCGCCGCAACUAAAAAAUGGGACGUGUUAUCCGUGCUCAACGUAAGGGUGCCGGUUCCGUUUUCAAAUCCCACACCCACCACCGCAAAGGACCAGCACGUUUCCGUAGUCUCGACUUCGGCGAACGUAACGGUUACCUAAAAGGAGUUGUUACCGACGUUAUUCACGAUCCAGGUCGCGGUGCUCCACUUGCCAAGGUUACUUUCCGUCAUCCUUUCCGUUACAAGAAACAGAAUGAGCUUUUUGUUGCUGCUGAAGGUUUAUAUACCGGUCAAUUCAUUUACUGCGGUAAAAAAGCUACUCUUGUUGUUGGUAAUGUUCUUCCUCUUAGAUCUAUUCCAGAAGGAGCUGUGAUUUGUAAUGUUGAAGGUCAUGUUGGUGACCGUGGUGUUUUUGCUAGAGCUUCUGGUGAUUAUGCUAUUGUUAUCAGUCAUAACCCUGAUAAUGAUACCUCUAGGAUCAAGCUUCCUUCUGGUGCAAAAAAGAUUGUACCAAGUGACUGUAGGGCAAUGAUUGGGCAAGUUGCUGGUGGUGGUAGAACUGAGAAGCCACUUUUGAAGGCUGGUAAUGCCUAUCACAAGUUUAGGGUGAAGAGAAACUGCUGGCCUAAGGUUCGUGGUGUUGCUAUGAAUCCUGUUGAGCAUCCCCAUGGAGGAGGUAAUCACCAGCAUAUUGGUCAUGCAAGUACCGUCAGACGUGAUGCUCCUCCUGGACAGAAGGUUGGUCUCAUUGCUGCCAAGAGGACUGGUCGUCUUAGGGGUCAAGCUGCUGCAAGUGCUGCUAAAGCCGAUAAAUAAGAAGCUUAGAUUGUCAGAGUUAUAGGUUAUUGCUUGGUUUCCAGUUUUGUUUCUUGUUGAACUGUUUUUGUGAACCAUUUCCCCAAAAAUUUAUUGAGCUUUUGUUAGACAUCAUUUUAUUUAAAUGGGUUGCAUCUA